ACAACCUCCACCUGCACAACCACCGCAGCCAGAGCCAAAACCAGAACAGGGGGACGACGCAGACCACAAGCCCGUGGCCGCCGCCGCCGCCGCCGCCGCCGCCGCGGGCGCCCCCGCCGACAAGGCCCAAGCCGAAAGCGACGCCGCAGCCGGGCCCGAAUUAGCCUCGUCCGGCCCCGAAGCCCCCGACGCGGCUUCGGCGGACUCGCUCGACGAAAAGAAGGACGGCAAAGACGCGUCCGCCGCCGCCGCCGCCGCCGCCGGCGCCGCCGCGAAGGAGGCGGACAAGAAGGGCGGCGCAAAGUUCGAGAAGCCGCCGUUCUCCUACAACGCGCUGAUCAUGAUGGCCAUCCGCCAGAGUCCCGAGAAGCGGCUGACCCUCAACGGCAUCUACGAGUUCAUCAUGAAGAACUUCCCGUACUACCGCGAGAACAAGCAGGGCUGGCAGAACUCCAUCCGCCACAACCUGAGCCUCAACAAGUGCUUCGUCAAGGUGCCGCGCCACUACGACGACCCGGGCAAGGGCAACUACUGGAUGCUGGACCCCAGCAGCGACGACGUCUUCAUCGGCGGCACCACCGGCAAGCUGCGCCGGCGCUCCACCGCCUCGCGGGCCAAGCUGGCCUUCAAGCGCGGCGCCCGCCUGGCGUCCGGCGGCCUGGCCUUCGUGGAGCGGGCGGGCUCGCUCUACUGGCCCGUGUCGCCCUUCCUCUCGCUGCACCACCCGAGGGCCGCCUACCCGGGCGGCCACCCCGUGGCGUCCUACGGCGCCGGGCACCCCUUCGGCCCGCCGUCCGGCGGCCUGAGCGUGGAGCGGCUGGUGGGCGGGGAGCUGCCCUACGCCGCCACGCACCACCUGACGGCGGCGGCGCUGGCGGCCUCGGCGGUGCCCUGCGGGCUGUCGGUGCCCUGCUCGGGCGCCGGCUACUCGCUCAACCCGUGCCCCGUCAACCUGCUGGCGGCCGGCCAGACCGGCUACUUCUUCCCGCACGUGCCGGUGAGCGGCGGAGGAGGCGCGCCGGGGGGCGGCGGCGGCGGCGGCGGCGGAGGAGGCGGCGGAGGCGGCGGAGGCGGCGGCGGGCCCCACAUGGCGCGGGCCCCGGCCUCCGGCUCCCCGCAGGCCGUUUCUUGUGACUCGCUCAGGCCGCCCGUGGGCGCCUCUCUGCCGGCCUUCCCGUCCGGACUGUCCGCCGGCCUCUCUGACUAUUUCACGCAGCAGAACCAAGCCUCCGCGCCGAACCCGCUCAUCCACUAACGGAUCGGGAACAUUUACAACAACAACGACGACGACCACGACGACGACUAACUUGAAAGUUUAGAGCAACAACAACAACAACAACAAAACAAACAACCGGGAAGAUUCCAGGUAUUUUGUAAUAUUAUGAUAAUGAUUGUUAAAAUUAUUCUUGGCGUUCUGGACUUGUGUGUACAAAGUGCGUGCGCGUGUCCCGUCUGCUAGAAUGUUAGAUUUGAGUUGUUUUGUUUUGUUGGUUUUUUUUUUUUUUUUUGGUCUCCCCCCCCCCCCCCAACAUUUACACUUGAACAUGUUUCAGUAUUACACGUGACGCCGACUUUUUUUUUUUUAUUAUUUGGGCCAUUUUCCAUUUCCGACUGAAGAAAUAUCAAACUUUACACGCACGCGCACGAAGCCUCUUGUUCUUUCUUUCUUUCCUUCUUUCUUCCUUCUUGUUUCCUUAUUUUUGUUGUUGUUUUUAAGACGCCACGCAACAAGAUGUCUGCUCGCCUUGUGGAGCCCAAAAUGUUCGUUGUGCCGCUCGUCUUUCAACGUCUUCUUCUUUUCUUUUCUUCUUCUUUUUCGUCUUGUGUCGCUUUGACCUCAAAACAAAACGAAACAACAUAAAAGAGGGAAAAUGUUGCAAUUUUGACGAAAUAAAGCUAGCUGACCUUGUUGAAAUUCUUCUGUCUUCUUCUUUCUUUUUUUGCUGACGUGCGCGCGCAUGUUGAUAUUUUUUUCCAGAGCUUUCAGCAAGAAAGAAAGAAAGAUUGCGCGUUCUCGUUAUGUGGGUUAGCGGCACAUCAAAGUGGUUCACGCGCUUCCGGUUUUCUUGUGUGGGACAAAAAACGCGCACGGAGCGCGUGUAUUCGUGUCAGCAUAUUUCUACAUAAAAAAAAGAAAAGAAUUAAAAGGUAAAAGUGAAGGAGAGCAUUUGCGCCGCCUGUUGAUGACGUCACAGUGAUCGUUCUUUUUGGUCUUUUGCAGAAAUAAUUUGUUUCUGUUCAAAAAAAAAUAUAUCAAAUGUUCCAAAUGAAAGUGUGCUCUUAUUUAAAUUUUUGUUAACAAAUUCGUAUUGUUAUUGAUGUCAACAUAGUUUGUCCUGAGCUUGGAAAUAAAAUUCAUAGAUUUAGUUUCUUCUGGAUUUAUUCUGCAUUCAUUUGCUACUCAAACCUUUUAAAACAAAAUACAUUAUUAAUACAUUUUGUUUGACUUACCCUAAUAAAGCUUUUUUUUUUUUAUUUCGAAUAUAUCAUUCACUUGAAAUCUUUGGCUUUUUGGGGGUCGCAGUGCACAUUGUAGAUUUUUUUUUUCUUUCAGUUGUCUGAUCAUUUUCAAACACACACACACAUACACAAAAUAAAAUAUCGACAUCUCGAUUAAUGUGCAGAACAAAAUUCAAAAGCUCAAGCGGGAAAAUCAACACCAAAGCUAAAAUGAGAUUUCAAAGUCAAGUAAAAAAGUAAAGUAAAAUUUUAAGAGCCCCCCCCACGGCAACGAAUUAACAAUUAAGAAAGAUUUUAUUGCUGGCUCGAAAUGACCGACAACGUCACCAACCACGCGAUUACUAUUAUUAUUAUUGUUAUGAUGAUGAUGAUGAUGUUUAGAGUCAGUACAUUGUAGAUAUUGCAAAUGCACAUUUUCAAUAUCCCAGAAAACAAUUUGCGAGGCUGCUGACAAAUCACCCCCCCCCUCCAAAAAAAAAGAAAAGAAAAAAGACAAAUACAAAUUAUUCAUGAAGGAAAAAAAAUGUUUUGGUUUGAAAAACAAUGUAAAAAAAUUCCUUCGGGUGUUAUUUUUCUUUUUCCUUUUGGCUUCUUCGAAUAUUUUCGUGAGAUAAUUUUCAGUUUUGUAUCCUCCAUAAUUACCUAAAAUAUUUGAGCGCAAUGAUGUUUAUAUUGGGGGUGCGUGCUGAAACCCAAAAAGAAAGCAAAGCUUUUUUUUUUUUCUCUCGCUUUUUGGGCGCCGCUUUCAAGUGGACUCGAAAUGCACCCACCAGAACAUCUCGUUCUUCUUCUCCGUCUUUUUUCUCUCGGGUGCCCGUCAAGGUUUUGAACAGCAAUCAAAUAAUAUCAGUCAAAAUGAUUCCCUUGUGAUCAUAUUCAUGAGAACGAUUGUUACGAAUAGCUUUGGGAAGAAAAGAGAUUUUUUUAAGACUUACUAUUCAAUGCUACGCUUCCGAAAAAAAAAAAAAAAAUAGGACGCACACUUGGUCAAGAAAUUAGUCAUCAUAUUAUGUAAUAUUCAUGAGGAUUUUUCCAUUUCGUAAAAGUUACAAGAAGAAAAAAAAAAAAACUCAUCUCGCACGCGCGUGCAUCGCGUGUCAUAUCGCCAUCGGAUGAAAUAUUUAGAAUGUAAAUAAACAAAUCGCAUUUUGAAACCAAAUAUCAUUUUAUCCACCGAACAUGAUGUUGAUAGCAUGAAUUACGUUUCAUUUGUUCGUUGGGCAAAUAAACAGAGUGACGAAAAAAAAGUCAAAUCUGCUCGGAGGCAAUUUGGAAAAUGAACAUUUAAAAGCCAUCCGGAAUCUUCUUGGAAGAAAAUUGCGAUGCCGGCGCUCAUCGAGAUGCUAAAAAGCACAAGAAAAUUAAAGAUGCCAGAGAAUUUCAUUUCAUUUUCAAUUUCCUUGCAAGUCUUUGAGCGCUUGCCGACGCGACGCCUUUUUUUUUCUUUUCUUUCUUUCUUGGGGAAGAAACUUCCAGUAAAGGUCUGAUGGCAAGUUCACUUUUGGGGAAGAUUUUGCCACCCUCCUCAAUUCUUGUGUGUUAAAAGCCGGGUUGAAAGGUCGUCGUCCUCCUUCCUGGUGUCCUGCUGAACUUUUCUCGAGAACUUCCACAAAUUGGCCGCUUCAGGUUUUUGCUUUUCAUUUGAUUUUUUAUUUUAUUUUGGGCGAGUCAUGAAAAUACAACCCAAAAGCGAAUUCAUGUUUUUUUUCUUCAUAUUGACUUUCCAAACAAAUGUUAUCUUUGUGAUUAUUUUGACGGUAUUUUCAGGGAUCAAUAUUGGACGACUAAAAUCGGUGUUUAGUCUUUUUUUCAGUCCUUGCAACAAGCCCAAAGGGACACGCCACAAAAGUCACGUGUGUGUGUGUGUGUGUGUGUGUUGUUGUUGUUGUCACGUUUACAUGAUGUUGAUCAUCCUGAUGGCGAUUUUAUUUUGGAAAGAACAAACGUGAACAUUCCGCUUGCUUUCAAAAGAUUUGGAUUAAAAUCAAAGACAGAUAAUAAGAAACAUCUUCAUCCCUUUUUUUUUUUUUUUCCCACCAAAAAAGUUCAAGCACGCGUGCGAAUAAAAAAGAUAUUCAACAACAAUUUUUAAAUUGAGGAAACAUUUUAGUCAAUUAU